AUGGCGGCCAGGGACCGCUUCAGCGCCUACCUUGAGCCACCUGUACAGUCCACGCUACAGCGAUAUAUACAUAAUGCGUGCGAUCCGCAGAAUUAUGAACCGAACUUGGCUCUUAAUCUCGAAGUGGUGGAUUUGAUAAAUACAAAGAGGGGAAAUGCACCUCGUGAGGCUGCGAUGACCAUAGUCCAGCUAAUUAACUCUCGGAAUGCGAAUGUUGCUAUGCUAGCCCUUGCUCUUCUUGAUAUAUGUGUUAAAAACUGCGGAUACCCCUUUCAUCUCCAGAUCAGCACAAAGGAGUUCCUGAACGAAUUAGUCCGAAGAUUCCCCGAACGACCGCCCAUCAGACCUUCAAGAGCACAGCAGAGAAUCCUCGAAUCGAUUGAAGAAUGGAGACAGACAAUAUGUCAGACCUCAAGAUACAAGGAUGACCUAGGGUUCAUCCGCGACAUGCACCGUCUUCUUCUCUACAAGGGUUACAUGUUCCCGGAAAUUCGCCGUGAGGAUGCAGCCGUCUUGAAUCCUAGUGAUAACCUUCAAUCUGCCGAGGAAAUGGAAGAGGAAGAGAGGAUUGCUCAGUCAGCGAAAUUGCAAGAACUAAUACGCAGAGGAAACCCGGAUGACCUUCGAGAGGCAAACAGGCUGAUGAAAAUAAUGGCGGGAUAUGAUACACGACACCGGACGGACUAUAGGGCAAAGGCAGCAGAGGAAGUCUCGAGAGUUCAAGAGAAGGCUAAAUUACUCGAAGAGAUGCUGGAGAAUUUCAAGCCUGGAGAUAAACUAACGGAAGGAGAUGUGUAUGAGGAACUUGCAAGCGCUCUCCAGAAUGCACAUCCCAAAAUACAAAAGAUGUGUGAGGAUGAAUCUGAGGACAACGAGGCUGUGUCGAAACUCUUGGAAAUUAACGAUAGCAUACACCGAACGGUGCAAAGAUACAAACUGAUUAAAGCUGGUGAUGUAACUGGAGCAUCUAAUAUACCCAAGGGAACUCUAGGGACGAGUACGGGCGUGAAGAAGAAUGCCGCUAAUGAGCUCUCUCUGAUCGACUUUGGAGGCGAAGAGGAGCAGCCAUCUUCUUCUAACGGCGGCGCAACUUCCAAGCUAUCUACAUCCACGCUUGAGGGUGACUUGCUAGGCCUGUCCUUCCAAGACGAGCCUCAAGGCGGUGUUGCGCUUCCUCUAGGACCAACUGAUGGCCCCUCGUCGGCCCCUUUUGCAAAAUCUCCAUCGAUACCUUCAACUUUCACACAAAAACCCAUAUCCCCUCAAGCCGACCCAUUUGCUGCCAUAACUUCCGGGGACUCCCGGACGUCUUCGCCAUUCAAUAAACUUCAGAGCUCAUCUUCAUCAAAUGCUCUUUCUUCAUUGCUAGAUCUUGGACAGCUGGCACCAGGUCCAGCUACUACUGCAAAUACUCCUUCCCAUACUCUAAGCCAGCCACAGCCACAACCAUCAAGCCAAGCCAAACAAGUGGCUUCAGGUCAAAACUCUGAGGCAGACGACGAAUGGACGUUCUCGUCAGCCCUUCCAGAGGAAACGCUUCCCUCUCAGAAUACGGUGGAAGUCCUCAAUACCACCAUAGGGAUAAAAAUGCAGGUCAAACGCCUUCCUGGCGAAAAUCGGAUACACGGCCUUGUAUCAUUCUCGAACAACACGUCUCAGCCUAUAUCGGAACUACAUUUUCAAAUUGCCAUUGAGAAGGCUUAUUCCCUACAACUCCGGCCGCAGUCUGGUCGGAAUAUUGCACCACAUCAGAAGAUUGGAGUCCAGCAGCAACUGCAGAUGGACGGAGUAGAGCUUGGCAAGGGUAACUCAGUCAGGCUUCGUUAUAAGGUAUCUUACAAGAUUGGACAAGAACUAAAUGAGAAUGAUGGAUUGGUGCCAUCGUUAGGCAUCUCUUAG